AUGGCAAGUAAAAAUACAUCGUCUUCGACGAAUAAAUUCGUUGGUGCAAUUGAUCAAGGAACAUCAUCAUCUCGAUUUUUAAUUUUCAAUGCAGCAAAUCUUGACUUAAUAACGUAUCAUCAAGAAACUAUUCAAAUUCUAACACCGAAUCCUGGUUGGGUCGAACAAGAUCCCAAUGAAAUUCUUGAAAAAACGAUCUUAUGCAUGGAUAAAGCUGUUGAAAAUUUUGAAAAAUUAGGUUACGAAAAAUCGGAUAUCAAAGCUAUCGGUGUAACAAAUCAACGUGAAACAACAAUUUUAUGGGAUAGAGAAACUGGAAAAGUAUUACAUAAUGCUAUAGUAUGGCUCGAUGCGCGUACACAAGAAACAGUGGAUUUUCUUCUAAGACAAUUUAAUACACAUAGAGAUUGUCUUCAAGAACAAUGUGGUUUACCAUUAUCCACUUAUUUUUCAGCAUUGAAAAUUCGAUGGCUAAUCGAUAAUAAUCAUCAAGUUCGAGAAGCAAUCAAAGAAAAACGAUGUCUAUUCGGUACUGUUGAUAGUUGGCUACUUUAUAAUUUACUUUCCAAUGGAGAAAAUACUGUACAUGUAACCGAUGUUACAAAUGCUAGCCGAACGAUGCUAAUGAAUAUUCGAAGUCUUAAAUGGGAUCCAGCACUUUGCGAGUUCUUUGGUAUUCCAGAACAUAUUUUACCAGAAAUUAAAUCAUCGGCAACAAUUUUUGGUUAUAUUAACGACGGUAUACUUCAAGGAGUUCCCGUUGGAGCUGUUAUUGGUGAUCAACAAGCUGCACUUGUUGGACAACAAUGUUUAGAUAAAGGAACUGCAAAGAGCACAUAUGGUCUUUAUAAUGAAUAG